CUUCAUCCAUCUCAUUUUCCCUUAGUUCUCUCCUUCGGGGCCAAAGAACUCUCCUUUUAUCUCUCCCUCCCUUUCCCUUCUUCUUUCACUUAUAUAUCAUUCUCAAACAACAACAAAGACUUGAGCAAACUCAGAAUCAAAUGGCAGUCAAAGCCCCUAAUAUGAAUAUUUUUCCUCCUCAGUUCAUUCCCAAUGGCAGAGAUUUUAUGGAAGUUAACAAUUCCCAGAUGAAUACCUGUGUUCCUUUGGUUGAAACAAUGCAAGAAGCUGUUGUUUAUCAAUCUAUUUGCAAAAAUUCAAUCAACAAAGCUGAUAGUGUGGUUACGUAUAACAUGAAUAUCCCAGUUUCGGCUGAGAGUAAAAGGCCAAGAGAUGAAUUGUACACAGUUCCUCGACAGAACAAAUAUUCUGAUGUUUUCUCUCAGAUCCAGCAACAACAGAACCAAGAAAUCGACCGUUUGAUUGCUCAACACCUAGAAAAGGUGAGUGUGGAGCUUGAAGAAAGGAGGAAGAAGCAAUCCAGAAUGUUGUUGUCGGCGAUCCAAGAUGGUUUUAUGAAGAAACUGAAGGAGAAAGACGAUGAGAUUCAAAAACUGGGGAAACUGAACUGGGUUCUUCAAGAAAGGGUGAAAAGCCUCUGUUUGGAGAACCAACUAUGGCGGGACUUGGCUCAAACGAACGAAGCCACGGCCAAUUCUCUACGCACCAAUCUAGAACAGGUCCUGGCCCAUGUCGGCGAGGAACGCCACGCGAAGGGCGAAGGCUCUGUUGAUGAUGCGGAGUCUAGCUGCGGAAGCAGCGACGAAGGGUGGCGCAAGGUGGUGGUGGUGCCGCCGCAAGAGCAGGCGGCGAGGAAGUGCAGGAAGUGUGGGGAGAAGGAGUCGGGUGUUGUGUUGCUGCCAUGCAGGCAUCUUUGUCUGUGUGCAAUGUGCGGGUCCACUCGGGUAGGCACUUGCCCUGUUUGUCACUCUGUCACCAAUGCCAGUGUUCAUGUUAACAUGUCCUGAAACAAUUUUUUAUUUUAUUUUUUAUUUAGAGUUUUAGUGAAA